CGACAUGGCGCUGAAGGUGGUGAAGUUGACGGCAUUGCCGGCUGCUGUGGGACUGGCCUCAUUUCGAGUUUACGCUAUGACUGAGGAGAAGACAGAUGAGCACAUAUCUCCACGAGAGUUGUCUGUCUAUAAUCCGGAGGCUCCGGUGACGCAGUAUGUGGACGAGCAGCCAGGACGCCUGCAGGCCGGACUGGGCCGAAUGAGAGUGGGGCUUCAGCCUUACGUCAGAGCAGUGCAGGAUGCCUGCACUUCAGUCAAAGUUGGAGUCAUGUCUCUGUACCAAGCUGGUCAAGACACGUACGAGUUCCUGAGAGACCCGCCCCCUGGCUUCCUGCCAAGAGUUGGUGUCAUCACUGUGUCCGGCUUGGCUGGCCUCGUCCUGGCACGCAAGGGCUCUCGGAUAAAGAGAAUAGGUGUUCCUCUGGCUUUCACAGCUGUUGGUACUGCUGUGUGUUACCCCACACAGACAGUGGGAGUUCUAAAGUUUACGGGUAAGAAGGUGUAUUCUGCCAGUUCAGUGGUUGCCUCAGUGUUAAAAUCCAAACCCAAAGCAGAUGUCACUGUUCCUCCUGCAACCCUAGAGCCUGUCACUCCAAACUUUGACCUAGAAGUUAAGGCUCUUCUUGAACCUGAGCCAGUUGAGGCUGCUGAAGGCCAAGGAGCAACUUCAGACACUCCUUCCACCACAGCUGAGAUGAUUCCCACCCUUACAGAAAGCGUAGCACCAGAACCAGAACUUGCAGUUGUGGCUGAUGUUGCAGAGUCAGAUGUUGUCUGUUUGCCAGAAACUGAAACCACCCCAGUUAUUACCUUUGAAGAUGUUGCCCCAUUAGCAGAUGUUGCCCUUGAACCUGAUGAUGCACCAGAAAAUCUUAUCACUUUGCCUGAGAGUGAACCAGGAAUUGAUGCUUCUCUAUCAGAACUUGCCCCAACUGUCAAAGUUGCUUCAUUGCCUGAUGUACCACAAGAAGAUGCUCCUGUAUCACAGGUUUCCCCAACUGCUGAUGUUCCCCAACCACCUGAUUUUGCCCUAGAAGAAGUUACCCCAGAAACAGAGAUAUCUGCUGAGGUUGCCUCAACUGUAUACACUACCCCUAUGAACGAGGUUACAUCAGAGAUGACAGAAGUGAUGGUUGCAAAGCUUGUCCCCUUGUUUGAUGUUACCUCAGAGGAAGAAGCUACUCCUGUGAAUGAGGUUAUACCAGGAGAGGAUGUUUCAGCUGCUGAAGUUGCCCCGCUGUCUGAUGUUACCCAGGAAGAGGUCGGCCCUACAUGUGGAGUCGCAUUAGCAGAGGAUGCUCUAGUUGCACAAGUUGCCCCACUACCUGAUGUUGCCCCAGAUGUUGCCCCAAUAGAGCUUCCUCCAAUUCCUGAAGUUUCCCCAGUCGCAGAGGUUGUCACUGUAUCAGAAGUGGAUGCUGCCUCAGAACUUGAUCUCGUUGUAGAAACUUCUCCAGUAGUUGAAGUUGCCUUUCUCCCUGAUGUUGCCCCAGAAGAGACUCCUCCAGCCAAGGUUACCCUAGAGGUAGAAGUUUUCUCAGCAGAAGUUGCUCCAGCUGUAGACACCACCUCUAGCAUUGUGGAAUUGGCAGCAGUUGAUGAAACUUUGUCUGAAUCUGUUAAACCGCUAGCUGAACCAACCCCAGAGGCAGAGGUCAUUCUUCUGGCCGCUCAGCUACAAUCUGAACCUGAAGCUGCCCUUGAACUUACACAUGCUGCUGAAACUGUCCCUGAUUUUGAGGUUGGCCCUGAAGCUGUUGUGGAAGCUGCCCUUCAGCCUACCAAUUUUGUAAUAUCUGAGCUGGUGCCAGAGGAAGAGGCCACACCAGUAAUCCCUCUGCCAGUUGAAGAGCCCACCCUUUCUGCAUUGCUCCCUGAAGAAAAGGACAUUCCACCUUCUCCUCCCCCAGCUGAACCCACUCUCUCACCCACUGCUUUAGAGGCAGCCACACCCCUGCCUCCUAUUGUUGAAGAAACUGGUCCCCUGACUCCUUCUGUUGAAGAAGCCACACCUGGUCCUUCAACCACAGAUGAGAACACAUCCAUUACUGAUGUCUUAGACAAGGCCCCGCGGACUCUUGCUGUUGGGCUAGAAACCACGUCCUCUUCACCUGCAGAGACCAUCCCACCUACACAUGCUGAAGAUGAGACCCCACGCCUUCCAUCUGCCACAGAGGACACCGCAUUGCUUCCUCCUGCUGUAGAUGACGGCAAACCACCUCCAGCUGCUGUAGAGGAGACCAAACCCCCUGCUGAGGUAGAAGAGGUCCCUGCCUUAAAGUCACCCGCAAUGAAAGGGAAACCUCGGUUUGUUCCUGACCCAUCCUUAGUGGACCACGGGCAGGCCCAUCCUGAGGAUGCAGACAUGUACAGCACCCGCGGAUAAACGGAAGAAACGAACGGCCAAGCAACUGGAAUGAAUGGGAAGAAAGGAUGAAGGGGUGGAUGGAAGGAAAGAACAAUGAAAAUUCUUAUGGUUUCAUCUGCACCAUGAGGGCAGAGAGACAGGAAAGGGGGGGCAUUUGGGAGGAAUCUGAGCAAAGUCUCUCUCUCUCUCUCUCUCUCUCUCUCUCUCUC